AUGGGCGUCCUUUUCGGCCAGCUUGUCGAUGACUUCAACAGCGCAACCUGCGCGGCCCAGGACGGCCCGGGACAAGACGCCUUUCGCUACGAGUCCGCCAUCAACGACAAGGUCAUCAAGACGGCCUGGAUUGGCGCCAUUGCCCUGGUCCUCAUCUACUGCCACCUCACCUCCUGGGGCAUCAUCAGCCAGCGCCUGGCCCGUCGUCUUCGCAACCACUACGUCGCCGCUCUGCUGCGCCAGCCCCCUUCCUUCUUCGAUAGUCGCGGCUCUGCCGGCCAGGUCUCGAGCCGGCUGCAGAAUGACAUUGCCGCCGUCCAGUCUGCCACGUCGGAAAAGGUCGGCACCAUCAUCACCACCUUCAGCUUCAUCAUCACCGUCUUUGUCAUUGCCUUUUCCACACAGCCCAGCCUGGCCGGCAUCCUGAUAUCCGUCAUGCCCGUGUUUCUCGUAUCGGGCAUCCUGAGCAGCAAGUACAUUGGCAAGUUCACCAAGGAGCAAAACGAAUCCACGUCGCACGCUUCGUCCAUUGCCUCCGAGGCUCUGUCCCACAUCCCCGUCGUCCAUGCUUUUGGCGCCGCCGCCCGGCUGGAGAAGAUGUUUGUCGGCCACAUGGCAAGCGCCCGCAAGCAUGCCAUUGCCAAGGUUGCCGUCGCCGCCGUCCAGACGGGAUUACUGUAUUUUAUCGCCUACUGCGCCAACGCCCUCGCCUUCUGGCAGGGCAGUGUGCGCAUCGCCGACGCCGUGUCGGACGCCAGUAACAGUUCGUCCAUUGGACAGAUAUACGCCAUUGUCUACCUGCUCAUUGAUGCGUGCGUCAUGCUGGGCGGCCUGGCGCCGUUGCUGCCAUUCCUGGGAGCUGGCGUCUCUGCGUACCAGCGUCUCAUGGAAGACAUUGAAACCCCGUCUCCUAUAGAUGGCACUUCUGAUUCAGGCAGGCCCCUGAGUGAAGGGAUGGACAAGACAAUUACCUUUCGAAACGUGACGUUUGAGUAUUCCACCCGCCCGGGCCAGCCUGCCCUGCGAGAAGUCAGUCUUGAGAUCCCUGCUGGGAAGCAUACGGCCAUUGUUGGCCUGUCGGGGAGCGGCAAGUCCACGAUUGCAUCUCUUAUUGCGCGCUUGUACGAUCCCACGUCGGGAACCGUUGAGAUGGGCGGCCAGGAUCUGAGGGAGCUCAACGUGCGAUCUCUGCGAAGUUCCAUGACCUUUGUCCAGCAACAGCCGUCGCUUUUCGACUCAUCCAUCCUGGAGAACAUCGCCCUUGGGCUUGUCAACUCUGCACGCCCAGAACACCAGCACUUGAAGCCGUUGCUCGCGAGACCCGAACUGGCCCUCGCAGCAAGCAAGGGCAAGGAGGCCAUGACAUGGGCGUCAUCCCAGGGCAGCGGCUUCGCCGAGAUUGUGCAACUUGUGCGCCAAGCAGCCGAGAAGGCCGAUGCGGCCAACUUCAUCGACCGUCUCACCUCGGGCUACGGAACCUCGGUUGGGCCCAGGGGUACUUCUGUCAGCGGCGGCCAGCGACAGCGUAUAGCCUUGGCUCAGGCGCUGAUCCGAGAUCCUGAAAUCCUGAUCUUGGACGAGGCCACCGCGAGCGUCGACUCGGCGAGCGAACAAAAGAUGCAAGCCGCCAUCGAGCAAGCGGCAGCCUCGGGAAAGCGGACCGUGAUUUCCAUUGCCCAUCGACUGUCCACAAUCCAGGGCGCCGACAACAUCAUUGUGCUGGAGGCGGGAGAGGUCGUCGAGCGAGGCACGUAUGCCGAGCUCAUGGCCGUCCAAGGCGGGAAGUUUGCCCAUUUGGUUCAACUGCAAAAGCUGAGCACGACAAGCAGCAGUGCGGGAGAGGUCGAGUCGCGCUCAAGUGCCUCGCUAGCCGACGUGAACGAGAAGUUUGAAGAGACAACUGCCGGCAACGCCGAGACAGACAAGAAAAAGGCCGCGACGGAGAGCACAGAAGAAACGUCAGAGGAAGCAGAUGGCACAGUGCCCCAGCCAUUCAGCAGCGUCUUGAGAGGCAUUUCCUGGCUGGUCCGACCAUCGUUGGGUUGGGUUCUCAUGGCGCUGAUGGCGGCUGCCAUUGUCGGUGCCACAUUCUCUGGAUCUGGCCUCAUAUUCGGCUACACGGUGAGUGCUCUGAACCCUUGCCAGAGCACCGUUGAGCGCAUCCUCUCCAUGGGCCGCUUCUUUGGCGGCUUAAUCUUCAUGCUCGGCGCGGUCGAGCUCAUCGCCAACUUUCUCGCCUGGUGGGGAUUCGGCAUUAUCGGAGAAAGGAUACUCUAUGCGCUGCGGCAGCUGUCUUUCCGGUCGUUGCUGCAACAGAAGCUCGAGUGGCACACGUCCGAAGGGCGCACGCCGUCCAGGCUGCUGUCCAUCAUCACCAAGGACUGCAUGGCCAUUGGCAGCUUUAGCGGCUCUACUUUUGGCACUGUCUUUGCCAUCUGCGUCAACAUCAUCAUCGCCGUCGUGAUAUCUCACGUGUAUGCGUGGAAGAUUGCGCUGGUGACGCUUGUCACGAUUCCCAUCCUGCUGGGGUCCGGAUUCAUGCAGCUGCGCAUGCUGGCUCGCUUCGAGGAACGCCACCAGGAAGCCUUCUCGACGGCGAAUGCCCUGGCCGCCGAGGCCAUCCAGUCCAUCCGCUCGGUGGCGACGCUCUCCCUGGAAAGCACAUACACGGUGUCGUACAAGCGCCUGCUGGAGCCGCCGGCGAAGCAAAUCGUGAGGUCCGCCGCGCAGACCAACAUCCUGCUUGCCAUCUCGCACACCAUCUCGACCUUUGUCAAUGGCUUGACCUACUGGUGGGGCUCGCAGCUCAUUAUGAGGGGGGAAUACACACAGAGAGACCUGCUCAUCAUCCUCGUGGCCAUGCUGACGAGCGCCCAGCUCUGGGGAACCAUGUUUACACUGGCGCCAGAGUUUUCCAGAGCGCGCCUCGCCAUAUCGAGGGUCAUGGCCAUUGUCCACAUGGGCUCCGGUCUCCCGGAUCCAUCCCGGAAGCCCGACGCCGAAGCAACUGCCGAGACCAAGGACCCCGACCCGACCGCUGCUUCUGGCAAGACGGGCGCAACCGUGGUGUUUGACCGUGUAUCCUUUGCGUACCCCGGCAACCGCGACGCUUCCGUCCUGGACAACGUCUCCUUCACCAUCAAGCCCAAGCAGUUCGUCGGGCUGGUCGGUCCCUCCGGGGCCGGCAAAAGCACAAUCAUGAACCUGGUCCAGAGGCUUUACGAGCCCACGGCCGGCGCCAUCUUGAUAGACGGACUGGACAUUGCCGGCCUCCCCGACUCGUUCCGCAACGGCAUCGCCCUGGUGCCGCAGGACCCGGCCCUGUUUGACGGGACGGUCCUCCACAACGUGUCCCUGGGCGCGGUGCCCGGCCACGAGCCCACGGCCGCCGAGGUCGAGGAGGCCUGCCGCGUGGCCAACAUCCACGACGAGAUCAUGGCGCUGCCCAACGGCUACAACACGCAGUGCGGGCCGUCGGCGUCGCGCCUCUCGGGCGGCCAGAAGCAGCGCGUCGCCAUUGCGCGUGCCCUCGUGCGCCGGCCGCGGCUGCUGCUGCUCGACGAGAGCACGAGCGCCCUCGACGCGGAGGGCGAGGCCGCCCUGCAGAGGGGUCUGCAGAGAGCGUCCAGGGACACGACGGUGCUGGCGAUUACGCACCGCCUGCACACUGUUCUCCGGGCGGACAUGAUUUUCGUCGUCGAGGGGGGGAGGAUUGUCGACCAGGGGCGGCAUGCGGACUUGGUUGAGACGAAUGAGAGCUAUAGGCUCAAUGCUAUGCAGCAGAUGCUUCAGUGA